AUGCUUUCCACUGAUCUUGAGGAUACUCAAGGUUUCGAGCCUAGACCAUCUUUUCGUCAUAAAAGAGCUUUUUCCGGCCCAAGUAUACUGACGCCUUCGUCGACUGUCGUAAGCCACAACAAUCCAACACAGUCACCGCUACAAGCUGAGCAUGUUUUGCAUGAUGUAGCUGAACAUACGGAGCCCAUGGAGCCGCAAUUUAACCUUCAUUACCCUAUGGCGACAGCCACUAGGGCACCAUUUUCGUACGAGCGUCCCUACACCGCUCAACUGUUUUCUUUCGCAGCAGAUUCGCCCAGCUCGAUGUACCACGCAGAUAUCUACGGAGCUGGGCUGGAGAGUCGUUCCUCGAGCUCCAGUCAAUUUCAAGAGCAUCAAAACGGUUCGAUGUUUCCCACGGUGAAAUCUGAAUCAUCGUGGCAAGUUCACUCAAAACGCGAAGCCUUGUACCGUACGCCAGUGGAGACCGGCCAAGCACCUUUCCAGCAGGGCUCUCCAGAUUUUGGCGCUUGCAGCAUCCCAGAAGUGGUUCAGAAUGCAACGCUACCGGAACAUCCAGUGGACAGCUACUAUCAACACACUUCUGUGGGAUUCUCCCAGCGUGGAGAUGACAAUUGGGAUUUAGGUAUAGCUGACCGCUUGCAGGAGGAUUACCAUGGAUCUAACGAGAGAAGGUGCAAAACUGCUGAAAACUUGGUGGCAGACUUCAGGCGAGAGGGUGAUUUUGCGGAUGAGGAGGCAGAUAACAGUGACGGAGAGCGUCAAAACUUGGUUCCUUUCCAGAAAAGAUUUUUUGCAACCAGGGAUCCAUCCUCUGGCGGUUUACCCCCGCAUACAUCUCAAGGAUUGUAUGGUAACUGUGGAAUUUCGAACGGUAGGAGAGUUUCUGACUCACGAUUGUCGGCCCAGGGACUAGCGGAAGUAUUGAAUUUAAACUCUGCAGAAGAGGCUUUGCGACGCGAACGCUUCAUUCUGAACAUUUUCGAGCGGGAACUUCACUACCCCCUCGGCUACAAGACGUGGGUACGUGACACUUCUAAAGAGUAUCGUACGCAGUUGCUGGACCAAUUGCAUCGGCGCGUUAUCCAAACGUAUCCGGAGUACGAUAAGUCUGUGCUCGAGACUAUAAUACGAAGAGCUACUUAUUAUAUGAUGCAGAGUCGAUUAAGAAGGGAAAGACGAGCUAGGGCGAAACAAAAGAGAGACCAGAAUGGGAAUAAAAAUGGGUUGAAGGACACAGUUGUAGAGGAUAAUAUUGAAUUGGGAUUUGAGCAUCCGAAGGGCUAUGCAGGACCUGCUUUCGUGAUGUGA